GAACAAUAUAAUUUAAAAUAUGAUUAAUUAGAAUCAUCAUCAGUAGUCUAGUGUAGUUAUUGUACUAGUAUAUAGUGUAGUGACUAGUAAUCAAUAGAAAGUAAAUAACUUUGCAUGCCUCCAGAAAACGUACGCUAUCCGCCCAGUCAUCAUGCAAGAAACUACAUAAAGACAGCUCUCCAAAAAUGUUACAAUACCAAACCGAAGCUUUUAGAAAUCAAAGAGGCAAAGAGCUUAAAAAACGGACACAGGAGGUUCUGUAGUACCAAAACAGGGCUUUACAGAGGAUGGUGGAAGAACAAUUUGAGAGAUGGUGUGGGAGUACAAGUCAAUAAUGUAACUCGAAUUACUCUUGAAGGGGAGUUCAAAGCUGACAUCUGUAGCGGUUACGGAAUUUUGUCUAGAACGAAGCCUAAUGGACUAAAAACUCUCGUUUAUGACGGAGAUUUCUUCAAUGGAGCUCCAAACGGCAAAGGUGAGCUGCACACUGACAACUAUUUUUACAGUGGAAAACUUUAUAAUGGUAAAGCAUCCGGUGUCGGUAUAGCUUGGUUCAACAAUGGAACAAUCUACUUUGGUAAUUGGUAUAACGGCAAAAGAAUGGGACAAGGAAUGCUUAUUAAUGGAAACAAGGAUCGUUAUGAAGGAAACUGGUAUGAUGAUAAAAAGCACGGAUAUGGAAAAUACUGUUUCUUUGACAGAGGACAAGCACUGGAAGGUGUUUGGGUUGCAGAUGUCUGCGUAAGAGGCACUAUGAGGAACAUAAAAUACAGGCAGGCAGCUAUGAAUCCAGUCAAAUACUCAAUACCAAUGUUAAUGCUGAAGGACUGGAUUACCUCUUACUACUUUUGGGAACAAGAAGCAUUCGCUCGGGUAGGUAAGUACAUUAAAGAUGACUUGGGAAUAAAAGACGUGAACCUAGAGGAUUUCGAAACUUCUUCAGCUGAGUUACAGCCUUAUGAUAUGAAACAAAAUCUAGCAGGAAAUUUCUUAUCAGUUGAAAUUAAUACUGAUUCCAACACAUCUUUAAAAUUGCCUUCUACCACAAAAAUUGAACCAUGCGUUAGGUAAUGCGUUAUAUUUGAAUAAUAAAUGAAAAUGAAACCAUAUC